AUGCGGACCAUCGCUCCCAUCCUCCAUCCAUAUCUACGAUCAACAUACCACAAGCGCUGUUUACCCACACACAAAAAGUCACUCUCCAUCGUCGAGGCCACCAUCUUGGACCUUGCCAAUGCGCUUGCUCAAGGUCAUACCAACAGCGUCGAGCUUGCAGCAAAAACAUUGCUUCGAAUUGCAAAGUACGAUCGCCGUACACUCCUCCUGAACGCGAUUCCAAUCAUCAACGGCGACGUUUUCAUUGCAGCUCAAGCAUCUGAUCAGCGUCGAGCAUCCGGAACAUCUCUGGGACUCCUGGAUGGCAUUCCGUGCACGAUCAAAGACUCUUACAAAAUGGCCGGUAUGACAGUAGCCGCCGGAUCGCCUGCUUUCGAGCAUCUCAUCACAAACGAAGACGCUUUCACCGUGGCCAAGAUUAAAGAGGCUGGCGGAGUCAUUCUCGGUCGAACGAACAUGCCCCCAAUGGCGGCUGGAGGAAUGCAGAGAGGCGUCUACGGCCGCGCCGAGUCGCCAUAUAAUGCUGAAUACCUCACCGCUGCAUUCGCGUCCGGCUCAUCCAAUGGAAGUGCAACAGCGACAGCUGCAAGCUUCGGUGUAUUCGGCAUGGGUGAGGAAACUAUUUCCUCGGGACGAUCGCCUGCCUCGAAUAAUGGUCUGGUUGCCUACACACCGUCUAGAGGCAUCUUGUCAAUUCGUGGCAACUGGCCGCUGUUUCCCACCUGCGAUGUCGUUGUGCCACACACGCGCACGGUGACAGAUAUGUUCUCGCUCCUUGACGUGAUCGCUGUCAAGGACGACAAGACUACCUGCGACUUCUGGCGUGAGCAGCCAUUCAUUAAAUUACCCAAUGUUGACAAUGUACGGCCCGCGUCUUAUCAUCAGCUGUCUGAUCCAAAUGCGCUUUCAGGCAAGAAGAUAGGUGUCCCCAAGAUGUACAUCGGUGGCACAGAUUCAGACCCCAGAGCUCGAGCUGUGUACACACGUCAAUCCGUGAUCGACCUCUGGAGCAGAGCACGAAAGGCCAUUGAGUUCCUAGGUGCUAUUGUUGUCGAAGUGGACUUUCCUGUUGUCACCAACUUCGAUGCAACGGACGGUCAAGGCGCUGCAGAUGAAACAUCAGCCCCACCUCAUCGCAACGAGGUCGACAUGUCACAGCUCAUGGCAUAUGCGUGGGACGACUUCCUCGCUGCAAAUGGUGAUGCGAACGUGGCAACUUCUCUGGCUCAAGUAGAUUCAGCAACUAUCUUCCCUCGUCCACCCGGAGCCCUCCUCGAUCGCUACGACCAGAUGGAUCCGCUUGUCCGCCACAAAGAUGUCGUUGCCCACAUCACUGCUGAUCGACCCCGGACGUACGAUAUGCCGGGCUUGGAACAAGCACUACGCAAUUUGGAAGCUCGCCGUAAGACAGACUACGAAGACUGGCUCGCCGAGGAAGGACUUGAUGCAGUUGUCUGGCCCUGUAACGCUGAUGUCGGCAAAGCAGAUGCAGACAUGAAUGAGGAAUCUGCGGCUGAAGCAUGGCGCAAUGGCGUUUUGUACUCGAACGGCAAUUGUGCUAUCAGACAGUUAGGCAUCCCUACCGUGAGCGUACCCAUGGGUGUUAUGGCCGACACAAAGAUGCCUGUCAACUUGACGUUCGCUGGCAAGGCAUAUGAUGACAAUGCACUCUUCACGUAUGCGUUCGCGUUCGAGAAAGCUACAUGCUUACGCCAGCAGCCCUCAAGAACACCAGCACUGCCGACAGAUAACAUCAUGAUUGCGGGCUCAACACACAAGCUUGACCAUCUUCCACCCAAGCUGACAGUGGACCAGGUCGAGGCUUCGGAAAAGACUAAAUCCAAGAUGAUUCAAUUGUCAGGCACUGUAGACGGCGGCAACCUAUCUGCACUGCAAGUGUACGUGGAUGGUGAUGAAGUUAAGAGUGUUACUAUAUCGAGUGGUACGUGGAGUGCAGUCGUUAGAGAAGAGGAGAAGCGAGUCCCUGAUCUGAGCAAAGUGAUGGUGAUAGUUCUUGCCACAGGACAGAACGGGCGCUCUGCAGCAGAAAUGGUCUUCGUGUAA